CCAGGACAUAAACUGAACCCCAAGCGUCUCCCACUGAAGAUACCCCAGUGACAUCAUGAAAGCCGCCGUUGUCUUCGUCCUGCUCUUCGCCACGGUCCUCUGCCGGCCGGCGAAAAAAGUUGCAGGAAGCAGCUCAGAGAGCUCUGAGGAAGUGAUGAGACGGCCUGCAGCUCAGCCCCUCAGCAUAACGGAGGCAGAAGUUCCUGUGGAGACCGCUGCAGCUUCCAGCUCCGACGAGAGCGCGGGUUCAGACGAAGACGAGCAGUUGGCGCCGGAGGUUCUGGGGGCGUUGAAAUCCGCCAGCACGGACACGACCGCAUCCCCCCCGGCUACAGCCUCCGUCAGCCCGGACGCCCAAGACAGUGAUGACGAUGAUGACGAUGACGAUGAAGAUGAUUCAGAGGAGAGUGACGAGAGCUCAGAGUCGGGCGAGUCCUCCUCCACCGCCGCCCCCACCACCGUCGACCCCGCGGUCGUGACGGAGGAACCCUUUGCCGAAACCACCGCCGAGCCCAUCGUGCCGACCAUCGUCACCGACACGGAGACCGCCCGCGGCGACGGCCUGGCGGGAUACCCCAGCGACUACAAGUCCAUGAACUACCUGGAGGAGAAAUCCUACCACAAAGGCUCCGCCCCCUACAAGUCCUACGAGUACAUGGGCAAGAAGAUGGCGUACGACAUGACGGAGGGCAACGAGGUGGAGAAGUCCCCGAAGGUCUACAAGGCUCUUCAGAUCCACAACAACAUCCUGGAGGAGGACACCAGCACCCCCGAGGUGGAGAUCCAGGGCCUGGACAUCUCCUCUCAGGACCUCCGCCAGGCCUCCAACCCAGAGGAGGCGAAGCAGGUGGAGGAGGAGAGCGCUACCACCGGCGCUCCGGAGGAAGAGGAGGUGGAGGAAGAGGAGAAGCAGAGCGACAGCAGCGCCAGCACCAGCCAGGAGUCAGAAGACGAGGACAGCCAGAGCAGCGAGGAGGCCACGGCCACGCCCGGCGCCGCCGACAGCGAAUCAGACGAGAGCCCCGAGGCCGACUCCGAUGAGGAGGCGGCGGCACCGGACGCCACCACCGACAUCCCGGUGUUCAUCACGGCCAAAUAGAUGAUACUUCCUGGAAAUGGGAGUGGGAGGCGGUCUCAGAAAGAGUUGCAUAAUGAUGACACGCCCCCUCUCUCAGGUCCACGCCCCUCUCACAGGGCCACGCCUCCAUCUCCAAGGGCCACUCCCCCCUCUCCGAUGGCCACACACCUCUCUGAUGGCCACUCCCUCCUAUCCCAGGGCCACACCCCCCUCUCCCUUGGCCACUCCCUCCUCUCCCUUGGCCACUCCCUCCUCUCCCAGGGCCACGCCCUCUCCUCCCAGGGCCAAUCACCCCUCUCCCAGGGCCACUCCCCCCUUCUCCCAGGGCCACCUCCCACCCUGCGACCAAUCAGGGGGCCGCCAUGCAUAACUAUUAUUAAUUUCAAUGUGCUUCACACAAUAUUUCCUGUGAUUAUUUGUGCAUCUUUUAGGGAAACAGAAAUGUUUGUUUCCUCUUUGAAUAAACCAAUAACUCCUGUA